UUCAGCCACUGUAAAAUCUUUCUUGAAUUCAUGGAUUACACAGCCAUCAGCCCAUUUCUAUUCUACCCUCCUCUCCUCUUCCUUCUCUAUCUAAUCUCUAAACAAUUCCACCGGAAAUUAAAGAACUACCCGCCGGCCCCGUUCCUCACCCUCCCCGUCGUCGGCCAUCUCUACCUUUUUAAGAAGCCUCUCCACAAAACCUUAUCCAACAUUUCCAAGCAAUAUGGACCGGUCGUCCUGCUAGAGUUCGGCUCCCGGAAAGUCCUCUCCGUCUCCUCUCCCUCCGCGGUGGAAGAAUGUCUGUCGAGGAACGACGUCGUUUUCGCGAAUCGCCCUCGUUUCCUGGCUGGAAAGCAUAUAGGGUACAACCACACCUCCCUAGUCUGGGCCUCCUACGGCGACCAUUGGCGGAAUCUCCGCAAAAUCGCCGCCACCGAAAUCCUGUCCAACAAUCGCCUCCAGACCCUCCACGAAAUUCGCGCCGAUGAGGUGAAAUCAAUGAUUCGGAAGCUGGAUUCGUCUUCCAAAGCGGAUUCUCCAGUUGACAUGAAGACUGUGUUUUUCGAGCUGAUGUUGAACCUGAUGAUGAGGAUGAUCGCCGGAAAACGUUACUACGGCGACGACAAGGAAGUGGAUGUGAAGGAGGCGGCUCGAUUCAGGGAGAUCGUUAGGGAGGUUUUCCUCCUCAGUGGGGCCACCAACAUCGGAGAUUACGUGCCUUCUUUGAGUAGAUUGUCCGUCAAAUUGGAGGAGAGUUUGCGACAGUUACAAGUCAAUAGAGAUGAUUACUUGCAGGGUCUGAUUAGGGAGUGCCGAGAAAGGAUGGUCAACGACGGCGUUGACGGGGGCGGUGAGGCGGCAGGGAAAAGGAAAUCAUUUGUGGAUGUACUGUUGACCCGGCAAUCAAAGGAACCCGAAUAUUACAAAGAUGAAAUUAUCAGAGGCCUCAUGGGGGUUAUCUUAGCAGCAGGAACUGACACAUCAGUUGCAACAAUGGAGUGGACACUCUCACUUCUUCUAAACCACCAACAAGUCCUAAAGAAGGCGCAAGAAGAAAUCGAUGACAAGGUGGGAUAUGAGAGACUAGUUGAAGAAUCAGAUAUGGCUGAACUCCCCUAUUUGAAUUGCAUAAUGAAAGAAGCAAUGAGAAUGUACCCUGCUGGCCCUUUGGCAGUCGCACACGAGUCCUCAGAGGAGUGCACUGUUGUAGGCUAUCGCAUCCCGAAAGGGACAAUGCUAUUGCUAAACUUGUAUUCCAUCCAGAGGGACCCCAAGUACUGGGUUGAGCCGGAAAGGUUCAAUCCAGAAAGAUUCAAAGGCUUAGAAGCAGUUAUAAGUGCUAAAGAUCAUGGGUAUAAAUGGAUGCCUUUCGGGUAUGGUAGGAGAGGCUGUCCGGGAGAAACACUGGCAUGGCACGUUGUUGGGUUGUCAUUAGCAUCGAUUAUCCAAUGCUUUGAUUGGGAAACACUUGAAAGUGAAUUGAUAGAUAUGAGUGAAGGAACUGGUUUGACUAUGCCCAAAGCAACGCCUUUGGUGGCUAGAUGCAAGACGCGACCUUUUGUAGCCAACCUUCUUUCUACCUAUUCAACAUGAGUUUCAUAUGUUUUUCUUUGUUGUGUAAACAUGAUUUUCAUUUGAUAUUGUUUUCAUGUACAAUUGCUAAAUCGCACAUCAUCGAAUCGGAUUGGAGUCUGGUGUAGUUACCCCACUGUGGUGUAACUACUUGCUUGGCCAGAUGAAAUCUAAUUAUUAAUUUUAUUUUGGAAAAAAAGUCAAAUAAGCCCGUGUACUAUUGUAAAAAAAUCAUCUAAACCCUUACUAUUGUGAAAGGAUCACAUGGAUACACUUACUACUAAAAAAUCAACCGAAUUGG